AUGGCGAAUCUCCUUCUGCUUCGCUCCAGUGGCGGAGUAAAAAAGCCCGCGCUUUGGCGCCGGCGAUUGUUCGAGUGCAAGACCUGUAGCCGUAAAUUUCCUACUUUUCAGGCGCUCGGAGGACACCGGACAAGUCACAACAGGCUGAUAAGAGCUGGGAAAAAGCUCGAGCUGGCAACGUUUCCGGAGAGGAAGAAGGUACAUUGCUGUCCUGUUUGUGGAAUGGAGUUCUUGAUGGGGCAAGCGCUGGGAGGGCAUAUGAGACGGCAUAGGCGCGACUCCGACGCUGCGACAGCGGCGGCGGUUGAUCGGAGGGUUGAUGUCGAGGACGAGGAGAAGAAGGCGGUGUUGUUUGAUCUCAAUUUGCCACUCAGGCCUGUGGAGUUUUUGUGGGAGGAGAUUCCCCUAUUUCAUUUUUUUUAG